UCAAAGCGUUUCCCUGAACAAGUUGGUCACCCUGGUUGUUGUGAAGUACAGAGAGCGUACAAGAAAAACACGUGUGCGAUCGACCGGCCCGAACAUCGUUGAGGUCUCGUUCAAGUAUGUUACCGUCCUUUGGAAAGGUCACCUAAUCCCAUCAUGACCAAAUCCAGUUCACAGAAGGACUUCAACGCCUUUGUGGGUUGUGAAACCGGCCUUCUCAAAGGCGUGUCCAUCAACCCCAAAUGCAACAUCAGCAAGAACUUCCACAACUUGAAAUGCCUGAACAAAGAAGAAGAGAUCACGGCCUUGGCCUUCGCCGAUCGAGCCCAUGAAUCCGAGAUCCUCCUGGGGCUCCGCAACGGUUCGAUCCGCGUUUUCGACACCAACGAGCUCAGUAUCGCCCAAUCACUCCAAGGCCCCACCCUUCCCAUAAGCCCCGUGGUGGGCGUAGCGCGAACUUCCGACGAUACCCUCGUGUCAGCCUGGCAAAAUGGCGUGGUUCGAGUCUGGAAGUAUCAAGACGAACUCGAAAUCUUGCCUAUCGACGUGGAAAUUCGAUCCUCGGCCAAGUGGAAAAGUCGCAAUUUCGCUUCGGAAGAAGACGAAAUGAAGCAUCUGUGUUCGCUCAAAAUCGAUCGACAUCUGUGUCAAAUGGUGGCCCACCCUAAUCAACGCCAUCUCAUGGCCACGGGGGGUAAAGAAAAUGACCUACAGGUCUGGGAUUUGAACCGCCCCGAAGCGCCAGUGUUUAGAGCGCGGAAUGUACCGCUAGAUAGCUUACAACUCCGGGUGCCGGUUUGGGUGUCAUGUGGGCCAAGUUGGCGGUGGUGGGCGGAAGUAAGAAGCGGAAAACUGCCAAGCCGGAAGUCGUCGAACCCACGAAGAAACCGAUGGUGAAAAAGAAACGCAAGAAAACAUGAACAUCGCCGGUUAAUUAACAAAGCUACUUUCUUGAAAUGAAUCGCAGAAUGAAUAAAGUUACAACCCGAACA